AGGCGACGCGCUGACGGCGGGAAGCUCUCUGCUCUCUGGGGAGGCAGCGCUCCAGAAGCGAUGCUGGCAAACCUGCGCCCUCAGUAGGCGGAGUGGAACAAAACCCGUUGCUUCCUAAGGCUGAUCUGGGUCUGGUGUAAAUUUCUCUACUGUUUCAUCCAGGUUCUUGUCCUGAAGCACUCACCAGAGUGCUCAGAGUGCUCUCGCCUUUAUGAUUUGUGCAAAUGCAGCUUACUGAGCCCAGUGCAGAAGGAAGGGGUGUAAUUCCUCAUCCUUCCUGAUGGAGGUCGGAAUACCCUCUGCUAUGGUGAUCCAUGCAACUACAGAAUCUAAAAAUGUUCACUAAACAGGAACAGCCAUCAGUGCAGAAAACGCAAGAAGUGAUGCGAAGUGAUAACCAAACCCAGAGCGCUGAGGGGAUAAUUAAAGAGCUGUGUGUAUGUAAUGGAUUGUCUUAUGAGAACAUUGAUCAAGAGGGACUGAAAACAACAGCACUGGAGAUGUUUUUCUCAGGUUACCCUAGGAUUGUAGGCAUGGAAUAUUUCCCAAAUCUAACUACUCUCACUCUUGUUGGGCAACGUAUUGAAAACAUUACAGGCCUGAAGCACUGCUUGUUGCUCAGAGAGCUGUGGAUUGCUGAGUGUUGUUUAGUGAGGAUAAAUGGUCUACAAAAAUGUGUAAAUUUAGAAAAGCUUUACCUUUACUGCAAUGAAAUUUCCAAGAUUGAAAAUCUGGAAGCCCUAACAAAGCUGAAUGUACUUUGGUUGAAUAAUAACCAGAUCAAAAAUAUAGAGGGCUUACAUACUCUGCAGAAUUUGCAAGAGGUCAACUUUGCUGGAAACUUAAUAACAAAAAUAGGAAGUGGCUUGGACUUCAAUACAAAAAUUGAUAAAAUAAACCUCUCUGAUAACAAAUUAUCUUCCUUCAAGGAACUCACUAAUUUGUCAAGACUACCUAAUUUAAAAGAUUUGGCCCUAAAUGAUCCUCUGUAUGGACCCAACCCCGUUUGCCUUCUUUCUAAUUAUGCCAUCCAUGUGCUGUAUCACAUACCACGGCUUCAAAGGUUGGAUACAGAUGAUGUUUCUCAAAAGCAUAUCAAGAUUCUGGCAGAGACUACAAUUAUGAAAAAAAUAACAUACUAUCACAUGCAUGUGAAAAGUGUUCAGAGACAGCUCCACGACAAGCUUGAGGAGCUAAAAGAAAAGAAAAGCAGGCUGCAGAGUUUGCCAGAAAAUAAGAUAAAGUUGUUCAUCUGCAACAUAAAGCAACUGGAAUGUGAACUGGAAAAAAUGGAAAUGUUGGAUAAAACAACAAGUAAUGAAUCCCAAAGGAGAAGGAGUCUGGCAACUGAAAAUGCAGUUCAUGAUAAUGAAGAUGCAGAAAAGGCAUGCCUUAAAAAGGCAUUUGUACAAAAAAUAAAUGCCAUGAAGGAAAGAAUAACAUUCUGGAACAGAAAACUGGAUGAAAUUGAAAAAGAUUACCAAAUGGAAAUGGAGAAGAAGAAGAAGAGUUUUAACUUGUUAGUCCAAUUCUUGUUGUUGGAACUGGAAACAGUGGGAAACAUUCACUUUGAAGAAGGUUUAUCAAAUAAUCCCUGGUUUAUUUCCUGUUGUGAUCUAAUUCAAUCACGAUUUUGUAGCAGGGAUUUCAGAGCGUAUGAUAUCAUUGGAGUGAAAAUAAACCGCGCAUUUAGAGUGCACAAUCAAAUACUAAGGCUGAAAUUUGAAGAGAAGCUCCAAAUGUUUCUGGGAAAAGAAACCUUCAGUGAAGCAGAAAACUACAAAGAGAAGAUGGAGUAUCUCUUUUAUGUAUUUAAUCCUGAGUUGUCAGUUAAGGAAAAGCAGAUGCUUCAGAUACUGGAGGAUGGCUUUCAUGACAUGGAAACGCAUGCGCAGCCUGGGAGAAAUGAAGCUGUUCUUCUCUGUAACAGCCUGAACAUAUGUGAAUGUCCCAGAAUAGAGUUUCUGAAACAGCAAGCCAAGGUUGAAGGCAAAAACAGGAGUGAUCCUGAGGAGUCAUUCAGGCAUGGGACAGUGAUAAUUGCAAAAGUUUUCCUUGGCCGCAGUGCUCCAGUUUGUCCAAUGAAUCCCAUCUGUCAAGUGAAUUACCCAGAAGCUAAUUCGGUAUUCAGGCCACGGAAAUGCCUAGAAAGGGAUGCAUCUCCUUCAUAUAAUGAAAUGUGGGCUUCUUUGGAACAGAGAAAUUGUGACAGCAACGGAUGGCACUGUGAGUGGAUUGUAUUUGACCAUGACCUGGUCCUGCCAGAAUACAUCGCUGAGCUGGAGUACAUUACACUGGUCAAAGACAAGUCUCUGUUUUCGACAUGCAAUAUAAUUAUGGAAGAGAGAAAGAGAAGCACAGAAGGUUUUAUCCUGUCUCAUGAUUUGCAAUGUGAUGAUGAAGUUUUGAACAUGAAACCAACAGUAGAAGUGAGGCCUAAGAUUACCUGUUUAGAUGAAAUAAAAAUACUUUCAGUAGCUAAGGCCAAUAUCUGCAGUCAGCUACAGGUCUUGAAUUUGCAUGGAAACAGACUGAACAAGCUGCAGAACAUCUCUAGAUUUAAAACACUUCGAAAGCUUAUCAUCAGCUUUAAUGACUUCACUUCUUUAAAUGAUAUUUAUGACUUGCCCAACCUGGAGUAUUUUGAUGCAAGCCAUAACCAUGUGAUCACUCUUGAGGGCAUUAGAGCCUUAAACAAACUGCAGUUCUUUGACCUGAGCUGGAAUCAGCUGAAGAAGUCCAAGGAGGUUAUAAACAUCUUACGUAAACAUACUCCCAAUUUACAAAGCCUGGACAUCAGACACAACCCAUGGUAUAAGCCCACCUCCAUACGGCUAAGUGUCAUUGGCCAACUAAAGGCUCUCACGCACCUAGAUGGAGUCCUGAUUACUGAUGAAGAAGCUGCAGAAGCAUUACAGUAUACUGCAGGAUCAAAGAUAACCCAAGCAUCACUGUUGGAAUAUUCUAGGACUGAUGAAGAAAAGCCCCCCAUUCUCAGUGUAUUUUCUUGUGCUACAAUUCUGUCUCAAAUCAGCAAGAACAGGGUGGAUUUACAGCAACAUCAUAACUGGUAUUCAAUGAUCACUGUCUUAAAUCUGGAUGACCAACAUCUCUUCAAAAUUUCCAACUUGGAGAAACUGGAGCACUUAAGAUGGGCAUCAUUUAGCAACAACAAUCUUACACAAGUAGAAGGACUGGAGUCUUGUCUUAACCUCGAAGAACUCACUUUAGAUGAAAACUGCAUUUCAACACUUGAUGGAAUUUCAAAGCUCACCAAACUUACAAGACUCAGUGUAAAUAAUAACCAUCUUACCAGCCUCAAAAGACAUGUGUUUGAGAAUCUGUCUCAACUUCAUUACAUUUCUGUUGAGAACAACAGGAUCACGUCUUUAGUUGGUUUAAAGAAAACAUACUCCCUAAUAGAAUUAUACAUAAGUAAUAACUGUAUUUCUACGAGCCAAGAGAUACAUCAUUUAAAGGGUUUAACUAAUCUGAUAAUUCUGGACAUGAGUGGAAAUAGAAUAGUCUGGAAACAAGAUAACUACAGACUAUUUGUAUUAUUCCAUCUUCCUUCUCUCAAAGCUUUAGAUGGCACCUCAGUAGAACCUGCAGAAGGAGAAUGUGCAAAAGAUUUGUUUGGAGGCAAACUCACCUCUGACAUGAUUGCAGAUAGGCUGGGACAUUCAGACUUCACAGAAAUGCAAGAAUUAAAUUGGGCAAACUCUAACAUAAGAUCUGUAGAGCUGGUGCCAGCAGGUCAGUUUAGAAGCGUCAACAGCGUGAAUUUACAGAACAACAAUCUCACGUCUUUCAGUGGAUUAAUCUUCCUUCCUAAUGUCAAGGUAUUAUGUCUGAAUUACAAUCACAUUGAAUCAAUACUGCCUGGACAAAAAUCUGCAAAUGAUGUAACAAAUAGGCAGCAACUGCACCGCAAGGUGAUCUCCAGUGGCUAUGGACAAGAAGAAUAUACCAAAGGAAGAAGGGAUGAAGGGUUUGAAGAAAAUCUGCCUCCAAUAAUGCAGAGUUUGGAAGUUCUUCAUUUGGGCCAUAACGGAAUUACUGACAUGGCCUCCCUACAGCUUAGCAGGCUAAAAAAACUGAAGUUUCUAUUUUUGCAGGGAAAUUUCAUCAGCCAAAUUGAAGGACUUGAAGGUCUCCAGUUUCUGCAGGAGUUGGUGCUGGACCACAACCGCAUCAAAAGGAUUUCACAAGGCUCUCUUGCUGGACAGAGUGGUCUUCAGACUCUUCAUCUAGAGAAAAACCACAUACGAGAACUGAAUGGUUUGAAACCCUUGGUAAAAUUACAGAAACUCUUUCUUCAGUUCAACAGAAUUCAGGAAUUAUCUGAACUAGAAAAACUUCAAGUUAUUCCUAGUCUCAAGGUGCUCUCACUGCGCGGAAAUCCAGUUUAUCUCAAGAAGAACUACCGUUCAUUGCUUGUCAUCCAGCUGCCAGCACUACAAGUGUUAGAUGGAACCGCAGUAAAUGCAGAAGAGAGGGAUUUCCAAGUUGCAAACUCCACAAAGGACUCUGGAUUUCCUGCACUGCCAGACAAUUUUACAAGACACACUCCCCUCAGGAUAUCAACAGUGGAUCUGAAUGAAAGCAUUAACCAUUUAUUUGAUAUUACAUAUGGUCAUAAAGUUGAAGAGCCUCUACUGAAUAAGUCGAAUAAAAGUAUGCCUAGGAAUCCAGCAAUUACAACACACAGUCUUCGAAGCAGCCAUGUAGGAAAAGCUCUCAGGCAAGCCAAAGGUACUACAACUAAUCUCAAAAGCAGUUUGGUGCCUCACAGUGUUACUUCUCAGACCAACCAACUGCAUAAGAACAACAGAGAAAAUGCAGGCAGGUGAAAACUCUUACCAACUCUAAACACAGUAUAUCUUUCUUUCUUUUCCUGAGAGGGGAUUAGGACCAAAGUACCUCUCUUCCUCCUUCAUUUGACUGAUGUGCAGGAAAACAAUACUUUUUUCUACAAAUGCUGCCAAGUUUUCUUUCUCUGAUUCCAGAUCCACCAAAAAUGUGUUUGAUCUCUUUCUUCUGGUAAAACUUGCAAUGCAUGUAUGAAAACAUCCUAGGAAACAAUUAAAAAUUUUGCAGUUAAAGCAAUGACUAUUGAAUGGAGCCAGCUGUUUGAUAAAAAUAACUUGUAUCUAUCAAAUCCCUGCUUAAUCCUGUUCUGUCAGGAGCUCAAAACUUCAUUUUCUUUUGUAUUUCUGUUGCUCAGUUUUGUUGAGUAAUUGAGAAUAUUAAGUAUGGAAGCAGAAGUGCAAGAGUGAAGCUGUUACUGUGGUUAAUUAUGUCUAAUCAUUGUUAUGUAGACAGCAGUAUCUUGCUAUUACUUGCUGCCAGCUGAUGAAAUGAGACAGGUAAGUUACACCAGCAUUUCUUAGUAUAUCAAACAUUUACCCACUAUAGGAAAGUGGACAGCUCUGGCACUAAGACAUUUCUAUCUUGACGAUUAAUAUUUGCUGCCUAAAGAGAUCCCAUCAAAGUCAGCUGUGUAAAUGAGUGAGGUGACUCCAUGUAUGCGAGCUGUUUGUUGGCUUUUUUUUUUUUGCAAGAUUAGUCUCAAAUGAGCAUUUUUCUUAGGCAUACUUAAUAUAUUUUUAUACUAAAAACUAUGAUUCAAGCCCUGUUUCUUCUAGCUAGGAAAAAAAAAAUCAUUAGCUAUAUUUUGCCGUUGAGAAAGAGGGAGCUAAUUAAGGGCUACUUCCCAGAGAUGUUUCUCACACAAUCAUCUUCAAUUGGUUUUUGGAUGGACACAGACACAGUAGGAGUAGUUUCCAAAGGAAAACGUAUUUCCGGUGAGCAAUACGACCAAACCUCCAGAGGGAAACACUUAAAAUAAACUCGAUUUAAUCAGGUAGUGCUGUGCUGACUCAGAUGUUACAGAUGAGAAAGCAGGUCAGAGGAAAUGAUAUUACUCACAAUGGCUGUUCGCAAAAUUCCCCCUAGCCUCAUUUGAAGCUGGCCUCUCCAUAUAACUGUAAUCCACAUUAAAUGUGUACUACCUGGGAUCCUUCUGCAGGCACUUCUCUUUGCACUUCUCAGAUAGGGUACAUGAAAUGCUGUAGCAAAUACCCUCUCUCAGUUGCUGUGUUUCCAUUUCCUCACAUGCCACACGUUCCUCGCUCCAUUCCUUUUUCACUCAGCAUGUUGUAACAUUGCAGAACUAUGCAGAGUCUGAGUGGUUCCAAUUUAAUCUUUACUUCUUAUGAAAUCCAGCGUGCUAAAAUGAGAAGAACACAGCAAAGGCACCCAGACAUAAUAAAUGUUUGCCUCUGAUUAAGCAACACUAGUUGUGUCAUCUCAGAUUAGAUGGAAUGCUGCUUUAGAACAGGUCAGGCCUUUUUCCACCUGUUUCACCUUUUCCCUCAUGGCACCUCUUUAGGCAGAGUUAAAUCUAUUCAGGUAUCGUAACAGAACUUUUUAGCUUGCUGUGGUUCGAUUUCCUUGAAAUAUUAAUCUUCCCUGAAUUUCUUAACGUUAUAAUGCAUAGCUAGAGGAUAUCUGUAGCUUCUCUUAGCAUUUCACAUAGCAAAGUUACUGACGUUUGCUUAAUUUCUAUUUUAAUUUUAUUUUUUUAAUAUUGAUAAAUCUUGCAUACAACCCUCAAUUAAAAACAGGAAUAAUGCCACGCAAUACUUUUCAUUAGUUCUGUUACACAACAUCUAUCUGCAGUCAGUAUUUAUUAAUUUUUCUAACGUCAGGGAAGACUCACUGAUGCAUCAAAGCAGGAAGAUUACAGUAAUUAUUUAAGCUAUAUUUAUAGUUGCUUUCUUCACCAGAAAAAGUGCAAAGGUAUGAUGAACUCACGCUUCUCUUCCUUAAUCUGUAGUCAAACAGUUCAUUUGUACAAUAAUGUGAGUUCAGCUUUGACUGUAUAUCCACAUAAGGAGGAAGGUCCUCAUUUCCCUCAUAAAAAAAAAGAAGUUUUAAGGUUCCUUCAGCUCUUUUUACAAAGUUCUUUCAAAUUCAGCCCUGUGCUCCAUCAAGAUUCCAGGUACCUUGCAGACAUGAGAUCUUUUGUAUAGCUGAUGUUCCCAUAGGAAUGUCAUGUUAGUGAGCCACUGCGCUGUGGAAUUGCUUCAUGAGCAUCUUCCCAUUCUUUUAGAGAGCUGGUUGUAAAAGUUAAGGGAAAGCAGGUACGAAACAAGGCGCCUGAAUUCCUGAUUAACGUGCAAGACAACUUUGUUUUACCAUUGCAGUCCCCACUGUAGUUCCCUGCUUACUGCAGGACAUCUGACUUGUGGAGCUUUCUGAACAGUAAAAUCUCCCAGACUUCUUUGUGUUGACUUUUAAAUAUUGUAGUUUUAUAUUUUGAUAGAAGGCAAAUUCCACCAAGGAGAGAUUAUCAGAAAAGAUCGUUUGGACACAAAGGAAAACACCUGCGUUUUAAAACUACUGCUCUUUGUCCUUUGAUGGCACAAAACAGGAGGCGGCCACUCCAUCAGCUACUUGUAGAUGAGAGUGAUAAGAAGACAAUACGCUGUUAUCUCGUGGGCUCUUUCAGUUCCCCAGUAUUAGGUCAGUACUGUUCUUACAUCGCCACAACUGGAACAGGGUUAAAAGCUUUCUCCAUAUCCACAGAAAUCAACUAGAUUUAAAAAUACUUGUACAGUAAAGGGAGGUACUGAAGUACACAGCACGAUCUUGGAUCUGUACUUACAGAUUGGUCUCUGAGUUACUUCAGCCAAGUUCUGGUUAUGCAUAAGAAACCUGUUCUCGUGGGAGUGCAUGACAGGACUGAGUAUCAUGUUAAUAUACAAACUAUGGGCUUUUUUUGCUUGUUUGGGGUUUUCUUAAGCCUCCAUGGUUUUGAAUUGCUCCUUCUUUUAAAGGAAAUUAAUCAAAAGCCUCUCCCAGCUAAAGUGGCCAUAGAAGUCAACAGUAACCAUGAAAAUGUGAGAAGUUAGAGGACAUUUUUUCUUCAGUAUUAUUACACAGACUUGAGUGGUGCUAUAGUAGUGGCAUUUUGUAUUUCCAUUUUAAGGCUGGGAUUGUGAAUGUAUAAUGAAUGACAUGAAAUGGCAAUUAAGUAAUGAAAUCAUUUCAUUCAGUGAAGCAAACAAUUAAACACAUGUAGAAUAUCUGGAUCCUGUGGGACUCAGAGAUCCCUUUGUCUUGCUCUGUUAUAACUCACCCCAGUAUAAAUCAGGAUUCAGAUUUGACGGAGCAGUCAGUGUUAAUUAUGCUUACAGGUACACGGCAGGCGGCAGUGUGAAGGCUGAUAACAGACUGCAGACGUUCAGGUUGCGGUUGGGUCCCCUGUCUGGCUGCUGCUUUCUUUGUCUCGUGUGUAGUUUGCAGGACAGCCACAAGGUGUCUUUGUUGUACCGUUGAUUUUCUAGACCAGGGCUACUAACAUAUGCCUCCAGCACUCAGCGUAACAGAGACUCACUUCGUUUGGAUUAUGCACCUGAAUAAGCCAAAGCUGUAGGUCUUAUCCUUGCAUUUUACAAGGCAAGAAUAAAUUAUUUGUGGUGUUGCAGGACUCAGCAGGGGCCUGGGAGGGCAGCACAGCCACCGAGUCAGAUACUUCUUGUUUUCUGCUUAAUUUGGAGCUCUCACUUCUUGGGAAAUGGAUCUGAGAGCGACUGGUUUAUUUGUUGUGCAAACAAUUUGCAUCACCUUGCAUCUAAAAGUCACUGCCUGAGAGCUAGAGGAAAGGAACAGUAGUGCUGUCAGGGAAAAGAAUUCAUACCCAGAAGAGUUCAUCCCAUAAGGUGAGCCAGCAGGAGAGAGGAGCACAUGUGCAGCUAAUGGAGAUGGAGGAACAACACAGAACAGAAGGUGGUCUCCCACGAGUGAGCUGAUUGUAAAAGUACUGCGCUAAGGAAAACGAAGCAUAGGUGCUCAUGUAGAUGUGGUGGUACUCAUAGCCUUGUGUUACUGAUCUCUGUACAAGAUCCAUCUCAGCCUCACGUAGGUAACAAAUUUUAAGGCAAGACCUAACAGUUGCCUUAAGUGAGAGAAGAGGGGAGGAAAAGGGUGAGAAAGAACUCUUCUCACUCUCUUCAGAGACCGUUCAGUGCAGCUUUUUGCUCUUGUGUGCUCCGUGUAAAUUCAAACCAUACAGAAAACCGUCUGGUUAAGCCCGUACAGAAGUAUCCUUUGGCACGCCACCUGCAUCCAAGAUGGAGAGCGUUGUUCUGGCAUCCUGUUAGGGGUGAACAGCUCUCCUUUCUGUAGGCUGUAGAAGCACAAUGUGGUGAACAUCAAAUCAGAAAUACGUAUGUAUUCCCUCCAGCUUUACUUUGUUUUCAGUGUCUGAACUUAUCUAUGUCCAUAUUAUCCUUUUAAAUUUCAUUGUCUUUCAGGGAUUUAAAAUUUCACUUAUGUCUUUUGCCAGAGCAUUUUUAAGUGCAGCAUUUUCUAAUGGAAGCAUAAUUCUGGUUUGGGGGCUAACUGCUCUCCAUUUAAAAACACUUUCAGGAUCUCCUGGUUUAGCAAUAUAUGUAUAUAUCCUUUUUGAGUAACCGUACAUUCAGAGAUGCAGAAGCACCAUAACUGUAGAGGGCACUCAUGCUACAAAACUUUUAGAAGAGAUGUCUCUGCCUGGGAGAAAUACAGGUUGGAGCAGUGAGAAAUGUUUUAACGUUUAUACUUUGUCUCCCAAAAUUGUAACAUUUGAUGAUGUUUUGUUUGCAUGCAAAGACGACUAGUAAUGGCGUAGGGUGGCAAAGGGGAUGCAGCAGGAGAUAAGAGCCUUGAGACUGCAGUCCAAUAUCUGUGCAUCUAUAGCUUUAAGCCUUAUUAUCUCUGGUUUUCUCUGGUGUAAAACUCACGGUUAUUGUGAGGUUCUCUCAGUGAUGUUGGAGUACACAGGAUGAUGGAGGCCCUUCUCGCCCCCACUGAUCCGUUAUGUUCCUAACAAGCAGCUCCACCACAGCCUUUGCUGCGAGAGACAUUAGUGGGCUAUCACCAUGCUCACCAGGGCAGAUCCAGAUGUAAGUGGUCACACAGCCCACAGACAGUUCAGCAGGAAGGCUAUAAUUAGGUUGCUGAUAAGAAAAGGGAUAAACCUUCCAAGUAAAAUCCCAGACGAGGAUUUAAAGGCUCUCAGUAGUGACACAUUCAGUGCUAUGGAUGGAUGUGCCCAGGAUUGUCAGCAUUUACUUGUCAGUCUCUUCUGUGGGAGGAAUCCUGUACAGAAGGAAGCAAGCCCUCCUGGAGCAUCUCUGAUGAGCCUCAUUCAGCACGCUUCCUUCCAGUGGUGGGAACAGGUUGCUUCUGCAAGCACCUUUAGUCAGUUUGGCCCAACAAACUGUAGUGGUGCUGCAGCAGAGCAGUUUUGAUCCUAUGCAUGCACUGAAAUCGAUGGGAAGUGUUUUGCUGAUAAAAAGAUGCAGGAGUGGCCCUUAGUCCUUUUCUGACCCUUAAGUCUAAAGAACAGUGAAGACUUCCACAGAAACACCAUUUGCACCCAGGCUAGUUGCAAACAUUGCCUGUAAAAUACAAAAUGAAAGCUUAGAGCCUGAAGAACACCGAUCUGCUGCAGAGGCCUCACUUCUGCAUCAGUCCCCUGGGCAGUGCUGCAAUUGCAAGAACCUUUGUCUAUUGCCUUCUUAUUUAAUUUUGUAUAAAGUUCACCAAAAAAAGCAAACAAAACUUUGAAUCUCCCAUCUGUACGUGAACGCAGACAGUAAUGCUACUGCACCCUUUCAAUAGCUUUUGUCUGCAAAGUGUCAUACUUUUCAUUUGCCAUUUAAUUCUUCUAAAUGGAUGUUGCUCUUCUUCCCAUUAUGGAUCUCCAUUGCUUCUAUGAAACAUUAUUUGCAUAAAAGGAACUAAAUAAUUGAUAGAGGACGUGAGCAAAAGCUAGCACACAUCUUGGUAGGGGUUUGCUGGUAAUCCCAGCGAGUCUAACACAUAGCUCAUAGCUUGUUUAAUGGGAUGGAAGCUGACAGGGUUUUCUUGUACCUCUGCUACAGAACUCAUAGCUUCUGAAUGACCUCCUUGUACUUAGCUACUUUUCUUGUUGAUCUCGCUGCUCUUUUCCUCCAUUAGCAGGAGAAUUCUUCAAGGAAGUGAUACAGUAUGCUACAACUUGUGUUCACUUACACCAUAAAAUACUGCUGCAUCUGAGAUCUAGUGGGUUUAUUCUGUUGCUUUUAGAAAAUAAAAUAAAAAGAAAGAAAAAUUGUAAAUGGAUCAUACUAUUCAGGGCAAAGUCUGCAAGCAGCUUUCAUUUACAAGUUUCUUUGAUCUUGAAUUCAAUCCUGAGUUUGACCUUGGGGUUAGUGGGUUUUCCCACGUUAAGACUUCUGUUGGUAAAAACCUAUUAAAGCUGUAAGAUAAAAUAUAUGCCAAACAUCUUCUGCAUUUGAGGUGUCUCUGGUUAGUGAGAUGACUGUCAGAGUGAAUAUGUUUCUGAAAGGAGACUGAGCCAUGGAAGCAAUAGAUGUUGAAAAUAAAGCGUGUCAGUUGCCUGAAAGAAAUGAUCUAAGACUGCAUUAAAAUUGAAUAAUUAUUCUUUUACGUCUUUAUAAAUGUCUAAAGUGUACAUUCUCUAAUGAUAAGCAGCAGUAUUAGGAGAGUCUGGAAACAGCUGGGCUGUUUUGCUUGCUGAGGGAGCCAUCUCAGCUGCCCUGACAAGCAAGCUGCCAUUUUCAAUGUGAUCACUUCUGAUUCUGAAGCGGUUGUUUUGCUCUUAACUUUGUGCAAAUCCCUCUUGGUAUUUCUCUCUUCAAAGUAAGAUGUAUUUCCAUCUGUCCAUAGAAGUUUCCCUGACAAUUCCACAUGCUUUUUGGAAUGUCUUAUUCCUGUUGUGUGAUGUGUGAAAUGAGGCUGCUUUGUUUAUUAAGUGCACAUGACAUAAUGUAAAACAUACUUAAUAUCUUCAACCACUGCACAGAUGUUUUUGUGCCGAAAGGAGACUCCAAGUUUUGCUGAUCUAAUCAACCUUUUGUUCUCUCCCAUUUGGAAAGCCAUUUCUGAAGAACUCCGACUGCUGAUAAACAUGUUAUUACGAGACUCAAAAGGUAUUCUUAGAAAUCAACAGUUUUCAGCCUUCUCCAAAGAGGAGUAUUUGAAAAUAAAAAUUAUUCUGUAAGAAUGAAUUCUGCCACUCAUUGGAACUGUGCUUUAGGAUUUUGGGAAAAGGCUUUCUGUGACAAAAACCCACUGCAGAGCAUAUUUUGUUCAUGUCUCGAGAUUUUAUUCCUCAACGAGUUUUACAUGUGCCAUCUCCGUUCCCAUAAAAUUAAGUAGCAAACAAAUAUAUAUCCGUAGCAUUUUUAAAUUUCAGUUCUUAUUCCUUUCCAUCAAUUUGGCUGAAAACAGGUAUUUGCAAACACUGGUAGCCUAAUUUCUUAUGGCCUUUCAUUUUUUAUGAAGUGUUUUCAAAAGACUUCAAUCAACCUUAAUGGUGCGUUUUUAGUUAAGGAAACAGAAUGGAGAGAAGUCAAUUUAAGCUCCCCAAUGAACAAGUGUGUACAGAAAAAAAAGGCAUAAAUGGGUUUAGAAAACAGAGCCAGUACAAGCAAAAUGCAGCGAGCGGAGCGCUCGGGGAAGCCAAGAUAUAAUGGAAAGAGUAAAAUACUGCAGAGCUUUUUAAACUAUAUACAAUUGGAACAAUGGACUGGACCCAGACAUCUAUGUUAAACUGAUAGAAGAUAGGUGAAAAGCAAGCUGCAAUUCUGUAACCGGGGCCAGAGAAUAACUAGAAUGGAAGGGCUUAAAGCCGAAGCAAAUGAACGUGGGGUAGUUUAGCUUGACAGAAAUCAAGUCAAAAUUGGUAUAUUUCGCUGUUUAAUUUACCAUGUGAAGAACCAUCUCCUGGCUUUCUGUAUUAAAGGACUAUUAGUACCAGCCGCCUUAAUGAAGCCCCUUCUAUGCCGCCUGUGAAAUAAUAAUAUCUUGUUUUUUGCACAUCUAUUUUUGCCAAAAUACCUUAAAAGCAUCGGCUAAUUAAGUAACGCAGCCACUGUGAGAAUAGGCCAUAAAGCUACAAAAUGUAUACUAAAGAAAUACACCUGGGAGACUAUUACACGGUGAUUGUUUAAUUGCCUCCCAUUAUUUAAACACGGCAUUAAUAAUACACACAAUACGUUGUUCCAAAGCAUCACAACCUUGCUGGUAAAAGGGUAAGUACAUCAAUAAUAAAAAUCCAAAGACUAAAAUAAUCCAAUCCUGCUAAACCAGAGCUCUCAGUUGUCUGGGCCCAACCACCUCUUUGAAACACACUGCUAUACAGUGCACCAGCAAUGAUCGUCACUUGCACCGUAGCGUAUCGGUUAUACUUUGCUUUUAUGCGUGCUUACAGUCGAGUGCAAUUGUUUUUAAUGCCUGCCCUACAAUAUGAUUCAAUCCAUUUGGGUGGCUUAAUGCAAAGAUUUCGUAAUGUACACAGCGAGGAGUAGCACUAAGGCAAUGAACAUAGUACUCAUUAUUCUUUUAACGGGAAUGUCAACAAGAAGAGGAAUUAGAGAGGAAAUCGCUGUAACUCCAAAAGAACAUCUGACUAACCACUACAGAUGACAUGUUUUUUCCCUUUUGAUCCUCUUCACAAUCCAUAAAGGAGGAUUUUUCCAAAACAAUUAAUUUGGUUGCCAAACCCUUCUUAAUUCUAAGGAGAUUUAAAACUCAUCUACUUGGAGUCUGUCUCAUAGAGCUAGACCCACAACCGGAUUACAAGCUAUUCCAUCAUAUGGCUGUUGUUAGCCCAGUUGCUGCUAUGUGGUACAUAAUUGGACCAUUAAAAGAAAAAAAAGAAAAGAAAGAAAGAAAGAAAGAGAGAGAGAGAGAGAGAAAGAAAUAAAAAGAAAGAAAGCAAAAAAAAGGAGGAGAAAAAGCCGUAUGACCCCCUCGAUCUUCUUUACUAAGCCCACUGGCACUUCCAGCAUUUUAUUAUUUGUGUUACUUUCUCCACAAAAUAAAAGCCCAGCAGCCUGAGAGAAAAAGGAUUUCCUACAGCUUCUUCCAAGUAACCCUGAUAUACAACCCACAGGACAAACAUUAAUGCUCUGAAAUAAACCAAUCAACAGACAGCAUUGUGCACUUCAAUCCCGCAGCAAAACUGAGGUUUAAGUUAGAAAAAUGCCUCUUCUUUGUGUCUAGUGUUGGAGAGCAUCUGGCAAAUUUCCACUUAGCAGGAAUCCUGGUUUGCAGCACAACCUAGAGCCAGUGUUAAUUCUUUUAAUUAUUGCAAGUGUGUUUUGUUUUGUUUCUUCAGAGAGAAUCAGUGACCUUAAACAAGCCAAGGAAGACUUAAACCCAGAUUCACCCCUUUGUAAAAUCACUGGCUUAGAGCUGGGGUCAUGGUCAUGUUUUGUUUCUCUCUGCUGUGGUGCACAAUGCUCGGCUCUUGAUCUUUGCAAGCCAAGAUGAGACCAACAGUUAGAUAAUGUCUGCACUGACAGCCACAGUCUCAGACCUGUGAUGUUCCAAAUUAGGCACACCUCGUGAGUGCAACAAAGCCACCAUCUAGGCACUGUGCAUGUUACCUUUAUGUGGGGAUGGCAGAAGAUGGAAGGAAUGUACUAAAGUCUUGUCCUAAAACGGCACCAGAAGCAUUUGGUGCAGGUAGUUUAGAGGUGCUGUUGGAGUACUCCGAUGAGGGUUUCACCUUGAAGUGUAAACCCACUGUUUGGCUGGCAACCUCAUACCCUUUAUAUUCUUUCAAUGUAAUCAUUUUAUUUAAUGCACUGUAGGCAUAUAAUUGGUAUUAAGCUUGUAAGCAUAAUCUGUGGAAGCCCGUAAAGUGCAGCUGCAUGCCCAUCUCAGCACCAAAUUAACAAGUACCAGCAGUCUCUGGGAGAAGAACAAGUGCACUAACAAAAACACAUUUUUUCUCUAUGAACUUUUGAUAAGUAAAUAAAUCUGUAACUUGCUAGUAUUUAUUAAUGGUUAUGGCUUGACAUGCAGAUUAGGCUGACUGUUAAAAGAGAGAACAUCGUGGCUAGGAUAAAGUAUCCACCUGAGAAGACACUAUUGAUUUUGCAAAUAGAAGGGAUGAAAUAUUGUAAGACAAAGGGAUGCUUCUGCAUGUGAGGACCAACCAUUUAAACUCCCUGCCCCAUUUCUAUAUGAGGUUGAGUGACUUAAUUUUACUCUCUAAAUUUCAGCAUACCAGGAAAGAAACUGCUUAAAGCUAAAUAUUUAAAUUCAGAGAAUCUGUCUUCAAAUAUUUUCUUCAGAAACAAACUACGUUUGCACCAUAUUUUCACCUCUGAGUUUCAGUUUUCCAGCUUGCAAUAAGACAGAUGUCCAAAUGUAUGCUGUAAACAUUACCCUCAUGCCAGGAAAGGAGCUGUUUCACAGUGCCCCUACUCGACUAUGAUCCUCUUUGGAGAAAAAAACUCAAGUGUGAGUUUCUGAUUAAUUCCAACUUCUGAAUCCGUGGUGAGAUUUGUUCUCCCCAGCCCUACGGAGAAGCUUUGGCGCUGCUGCUGCUGCUCUCUUUGCUAUGUACAGGAUCUUUUUUGCACUAACACAGAAAAGCAAAGGGGAAAUCCAUUACCGUUCUUCAUUCUCACUCUCUCCAGGGCUCAGAGGGAAUGCCCACUCUUCAUUUCCUUCUUUUCAUACAGCUCAAGCCAACUCUAACAACAUUAGUUAACAAUACCCCUUCCUUCUGCUUGGUACGUUACAUCAUCUAGAACCAAACAAACUGCAGCAUUUCUGAAAACAGAAAUUGUUUUUAAAAAAUUCAGGCUGGCCAGCUGUUUGGUGUCUCCCAGCUGGGAGCGCUGCCUUCAGAAUCCACACUGGAUGCUCCUGCACGGUCUCUGCGUUGCUCACCAAUCUGCCCAUCUGUCUGCAUGGCAUGUUGCCAACACUUAAGUUGGCCCGAUCCUUAUCCUGGGUACAAAGCAGCGUGGACAGUCUUAGCAACUGCAAGUGUCUGCUACAAGUCCCUCUACCGUGACAGCAUCGCUUCUCUUGCUAGAGACACCUCGGGUCAGUGAUUUGCUACUGAUGGUCUUCAGCUUUUGGAAAAUGACAGAGAGUCAUUGGCAGAACUACAGUUACUGGUGAAUAUAAAAUAAUAAACACUGCAGUUUCUUAUAUAUAUCAUCUUUAAGUGCAUCAGUGUAUUCCUUAGAUUAGUAGUUAGGCAUCUGCAGUACUUGAAAAUGUAAGAAAAGUUUUAUUGUUGUAUAAUAUACAGAUUAAGUCACAAAACUCCCACUGAUUUUAUUGAAAGCAGCAUUUGCCAUUAAGUAUAUUUUUCCUAAAGCUGUUUUAAAGCAACAGUUUAGGACUCAACUUUGCCAUCAUUAGCUGAAUGCUCCAAGGAAGUCCCACUGAAAUGGAAGAAGUUUCUGCUAGGAAGUGCAUCGUGAGUCUUGGAACCAGGAUAUGCUUUUGGGAGCAGGACACGUGGCUUUCAGAAUUUCUCUUUUCCAUAGUUCCAUGUGUGACUGAUGAUUGAGAUGGACUUGAUUUCUGACACUCCGCUGUGUUGCUGGGUUUGUUAGAAUUUACAAGUGACUUCCUUCCCAAACCUGUCUUAGACUGAGGUAGCUUACCCAUGGCACGGAGGGACGCGAGCACCAGCUCAUCACUGCAACCACAAUUGCUCUCUUAUUCAAUUGUUAUAUAGAGAAAAGUAAAAGUUACAUCUUUCAUCAGAAAAUAGUUGAUUUAGGUUCUUGUUUUCUUGUUUUAUAAGACUACCUGCUGUAUGCAGUUGAUUGUAUCUGAGUGAAGAAAUCUUAUAAUUAACAUUUUUUAAAUUGACUAUUUCUUUUAUUUGGCAUUAACUAUCAUUUUAAUUAAAAUUUAAUUUUAGAGCCUUUUCCAUUAGGAAAAAAACAACUUUAAAAAAUAUACAUAUUAAUGAUACUUGUACUCUGCUGUUGUUGAAGUCUCUGAAUCCAAAAGACUGAGCAGCUGAGGAACUGGGGCUGCUCAUUCUGGAGAAGAGGAGGCUUAGGGGAGUCCUCAUUGUGCUCUAUGCUGUCUGCAAGGAGGUUGCAGCAAGGAGGAUGUUGGUCUCUUGUCUCAGGUAACAUGACAGGAUGCGAGGAAACAGCCUCAAGUUGCACCAAGGGAAGUUUAGAUUGGACAUUAAGAGUGUUUUCUUCACAGAGCAGGUGGUCAAGCUUUGGAAAGGGCUGCUCAAGGAGGUGGCAGAGUCCCCAUGCCUGGAGGUAUUUAAGAGGUGUGGACGUGGCACUGACAGACAUGGUGUAGUGACGGGACUUGGUAGGUCAGGCUGAUAGACUGACUUGCUGAUCUUACAGGUCCUUUACAUCCUAGACGACUCUAUGGUUUGCAUCAUGGGAAAGCUGGUCACUUAAGUCUGUAUUUAAGCACCUUUAAAAACUGAGGUGCUCAUUUCUAGGCAUAGCAUUUUAUGACAAACCAGAGCAGCGAUAAGAGCUCUGGAAGCUCAGUGUGCUCCUGUCUUCAUAAAAAAUGACUACCAAAGUGAGGCAACUUGACUGCUUCAGAACACUUCUUCAUUUUGUACUGAAAUCUUUCCAUGCUUACCUGAAAGCUUUUGAGAAAGUAUUGCCUAAGGGCUGUGUAUGCCAGGGAUCUGUGUAGAGAUGGGGUUGUAAUUAUACAGGUGUCUACGUCUAAUUACAUUAUUCCCAAAAUUCUCUAUUUGCAUUCUUUCAAAUUUUUUAUGGGCUGUUUUUAGCUUGCCUUUAUUUUCUGUUGUUUUGUUACUGUGCAGUCUUUCUAAGACUCAUCAUCAGAUGAAGCUUUAAAAGAAAACAGAUGCACAGAGCAGCACAGUUUCUCUGCUGUGCAGGGAAACAACAUGAAAUCUGCAGCUACCCUAAACUACCCCGGUACUUAUUCUGGCAUUCAGGCUCUGUCAGUCUUCUUCGGGGGCAGUAAUAACAUUAGAGUGGGACUGGGAGACAAAACUGCCAAAGUCUUUCCAAGACAAUCUUCUGGGCUCAUCAGCAUAGACAAUCAUUCUUUUCACUUCGGGAGUAAUAGGAAGAUUUUAAGCAAUAUCUUUUGAUUUGAGUUGGACUUGAAAAAUGACAUAGCUGGGGGCCUUAUUUUAAAUGCAACGAGACUGAAAUGUAAAGUGCAAUUUCCCAUGCAGUCUGUGGAGAGAAUGAGGCACUUGUCCCAGUUCUCUUAAUUGUCUCUGAUUGCUGUUUGUGUAGCACAGUCACUUCCUCGUCUUCAAAAUCACCUUCAAGAGCUCCAACAUUUUUCACUUCACUGUUUUAAAUCAGGAAGGGCUAAACACUCACCCAUUCAGCCAUUAUGGCUCUUUUAUGUUAUUUAUGUGGUUUAUGCUAUUAGGCUUUAAAAUUUUGUUUAUUUAAUUGGCUUUAACAAGUACUUAAGUAACAGUUUUGAGGACACAUCAGUGGGACUCAGCACAUGUUGAUUAAGGUGUGCUUAACCUGACAGUUAAUAUUUUGUACCAUUUUCCCAGCAGCCGUUACUGUUAUGGAAGAAGUGCUAAUUUUCCAAAAAUGGUUACAGCUCAAUUAUUAUGUUGGUUCUUUAUUCAUGUGGCUUCAUUAUUUUGUUGGCGCUGCUCUGUGAGAGAUGAAGUAGUGCUAUUAUUUCUACUCCCAACUCCUUUCAGUCCCUUGCAAUCAUUUAGGCACAUGUGUGACAUUACUCAGAUAAGCAAUUCUGUUUGCCUUCAAUGAGACUGGGUGUAUGAAUACACCCCGUAAAACAGCUGCCCACCUUCAUAUGUCAGCACAGUAUUUGCUGGCGUACACUUUGGGAGAUGAAGAAGAAAGAGUAAAAAUUAUGUUCCAUCAAAUCUUUGUUUAAGUUUUCAUUCAGAAGAGAAAUUCUGCCAGCUGGGAGCCCUUGGUUUUGUAGGGAACCCAAAAGGAGGGAAAAGGAGUACAAAUUUCCAAGAUGGCUACAGAUAGGUGGAGAUCAGAGAGGCUGCUUUGACCUCUAGAAGUAGAAAGGCUGCUAAGGUCUGUGGCUGGAAUACUAGAAACUGGUACUCCACGGUUACUCAAGACUGCAGAAGUCCAACUUAGUUUUUACAACAAAUUAUUCAUGGAAGUCAGCAGGAGCUGGAGAUAAACUAUUCAUUUUGUGCAUAUCUACGUGAAAGGAACUCUCAAGAGAGAUCCUCAAGGUCCUGCCAAGAAAACAAGUGGAAACAUGUUGAGAAUGGGAAUAAACAUUUAUAAUUGAAACCACCAAAAGUGUAUUUCGGUUAGAUGCCACCUUUCCUUAGAUGAGCAGGUGGCAUAGAGGGCAAGAAAAGGUAUGAGGGUUGGAAGGAAUGUGGCUAUGACACCAGGCUGCUUUUAAACAUGACACGACUGGACCUCUGUGGACUCAGUUCCCAAGACACCUUGACUCCACCAGAGAGUAUCCAGCUUAGACCUUCCACAUCCUUUAUUUCUUCCCUGGUUGCCAAGACAAUACCACUAGUCAUCAUACCACUAACGGCUUCUAGUGGAGAUACAUCUAAAAUACUGCCUUAUACAACCUAAUGCUCAUCCAGAGGGUUCCCAUGGCCAUUUAUUGAGUAGCCUCUAAAUCCCUAGCAGCACAGUUGCAAAUGAAAGGCAGGACUGUAGACAGAAGCUGUCUUUCUUUUACCUUUCUUCACUGGAGAAAUAAAAAAUUAACUCAC